AUGGCCAUGAAAACCCUUAUUCCAAAUCCAAGCUCCAUUGUUGUUAUGGUUCUUGCACUGUCAUUGCUGUGCAUGAACAGCUCUUGUGUGAGCGCCAAGUACCAAGUCUUCAUAACCAAUUUCUUGGACGUAAACACAACGCUGAGCAUCCAUUGCCAAUCGGCAGAUGAUGAUCUUGGUACACAUCUGUUGUCUUAUGGAGCUAACUACAACUGGAGCUUCAAUGUAAAUUUAUUCAGAACUACUCUUUUCUACUGUGACAUGACUCGUGGGGACAAAGUCAGUGGCCAUUUUGACGUGUUUGAUGCCCAGAAACAUGAUUGUCAUGACCACAAAUGCUACUGGGAUGUUUCCAAGACUGGAUUGUACCUCUUCAAUUAUCGCCUCAAUAAGUAUGAGUUUCAAUAUGCAUGGCCAAAGUCACUCCCACGCUCUCUCAAAGUCUGA